UUCCUUGCACUAACUGAGGACAUUGUUUUCCCUGCAUCUUGCUUCUCAACCCACUCUCAGCUGCAGACUCUGGUAACUCUCACCUCUCCUAAAGAACUGAAUCUGCAGAUAAGAACGCGUCAUUCAAGAGCUCCAGAGCAGCAGAAGGAUCAACAAACUUUCGCUUUGAUCCAGUCAUCAGGGCAAAGAGGCUAUCUAGUACAAUCUCUGCUCUCUGAGGAUGGGGUUUCACUAUGCUGCUGUCUAAAUACAAUUAUGGCUCAUUCGCUGCUGACUUGCCGGCAAUGAAGAACUCAAGUCUGCAUGAAUUGACCAGACGCAUUUUAAUAAACUAUAACAAAGAUGUGAGACCGGUGAGACAUUGGGCUAAGGCUACCACUGUCUUUAUUGAUCUGUUUAUUCAUGCGGUGUUAGAUGUUGAUGGACAGAAUCAGAAGCUGACCACUAGUAUCUGGUAUCGACAGAUGUGGAAAGAUGACUUCUUGGCUUGGGAUUCGAGCCAGUUUGAUGGAAUUGGAGAAAUCUCCCUCCCGCUUAACAUCAUUUGGGUACCUGAUAUCGUCAUCAAUGAGCUUGUAGAAGACGGGAAGUCGCCUGACCUGCCGUACGUGUAUGUCAGCUCCACGGGGACUAUCCGGAAUUACAAACCGAUGCAGGUGGUAUCUGCGUGUAGCUUGGAGACUUACGCCUUCCCCUUUGAUAUACAGAACUGCAGUCUCACAUUCAGUAGCUGUUUGCACACAGUGAAUGAUCUGAAUAUUUCCAUCUGGAGAAGUCAGGAGGAGAUCAGUACAGACAAGAGCGUAUUUUUGGACGACGGAGAGUGGGAGCUUCUGUCUGUCCCUUCCAGCUAUGAAAUUCUGCACACGCAGGGCGGCAGCUUUGCGCAGGUCCAGUUUAAUCUCGUGAUCCGCAGACGUCCUCUCUCAUACAUUGUCAAUAUCCUUCUCCCAAGCAUCUUGCUGAUGUUCAUAGACCUUAUGAGCUUCUAUCUGCCCCCGAACAGUGGUACCCGGAUCAUGUUCAAGACCAGCAUUCUUGUGGGAUACACAGUCUUCCGAGUCAAUAUGGCAGAUGAGCUGCCGGCUACACCAUCACGGGUAUCUUUAAUUGGUGUGUUCUUUGUGGUGUGUAUGGUCUUUAUGGUCCUCAGUCUUGGCAAGUCCAUUGUGGUGAUAAAAGUCCUUUAUCUUGAUAAAGAAAACUCAAAGCAACACUUAAUAUCUCGCUGCCUCUUGCUGACCAGUGAAAGGAAAAACCCAGAGGGAGACGACACAGAAGAGAACUUGUCAGGCACAACCAAUGAAACAUCAGAGAGUCUGUGUGGUGCUGAUGAAAUUGAGCUCCAAAGCUUAUGUGACGACCCACUGAUGAGGCAGCUACUAGAGGAAGUGACCUCAAUUCAUUCUUACCUGCACAAAAUGGCGUGUGAGGAGGCGUGGCAUACCCGCUGGCUCAGUCUGUGCUACAAGCUGGAUAGUCUUCUGUUCCGAGCGUAUCUGUUUCUCUUUGUCACCUAUGCCAUCACUCUAAUCCUUCUGUGGUGGGCAUGGAGCGCCUAUGAUGUAUGAAAUUAAAGGGAUGGUUACAUUUGACUUCUAUUAUCAAAUGGUCUUUGUUCUUUUGUCAUCCUUUGUUAAAGAUAUACCUAGGUAAGUAGUGUGCAUUGGAGCACUAUAAGACAGCAGUGCUUGUACAAUGUACAACAAUAUUAAAAGCAUUCUUACAAGUCUGCUCCAGAAACAUGAACGCCCCUGAACCUACUCACCUGAUUUUCAACAAAGGAUAUUAAGGGAAUGAAAUACAUUUGAUAAUAGAAGUAAAUAAGAAAGAAAAACAUUGAACACUGAAUCAAGAAAGAAAAAAAAUAUUGCUUCUUGGUUUUUUUUAAAAAAUAUGUUAAUUUCUGUGAUUUGUAUAUCCUAGCCAUAAGAGCUUACAAUCUAUUAGUUGGUGGCUGGUGUUAGAGAUAUCAAUAAAGCAUGACAAAUCCAUA